GCCCCACCGGCCCGCGGGGCGCGGACGCGCGUGGCGGCUGCUCGGUGGGACCAUCCGUGGAGCUGGCCCGAGGAUGCUCUGGGGGCGUGGAUGACCAGCCGUCGAGCCUCCCAGGGCCCAGGCCCGGAUGCCGCCGCCCCACGAAGACCACUCCCAGAGGGCCACCGGUGGCUCCGUGCCCUAGUUUCCUGACCCGGAGACCCCGCCCGUCCGGUCCCCACCUGGUCGCCCAGCGGCCGGGCGCGGCGCGGGAGUAGCUUCCCGAGCCCGCCAAGCGCGCGAGACGGCGCAGGGAUCCGGGGAAAAGGGCUUGGCGCCGGCGGGCAGCACCUUCGCCCAAAGGCUCGGCAAAAUGACCAGCCUGUUCCGCCGGAGCAGCAGUGGCGGCGGCGGUGGCGGCGGUGGUGGCGGUGGCGGUGGCGGUGGCGGUGGUGGUGGCGGUGGUGGUGGCAGCGGCGGCUCCGCCGGGGCGCGCGGGGCCGGGGGCAGCGCCACGCCCACCUCCCAGGAGCUCAACAACAGCCGGCCCGCCCGCCAGGUGCGCCGCCUGGAGUUCAACCAGGCCAUGGACGACUUCAAGACCAUGUUCCCCAACAUGGAUUACGAUAUCAUCGAGUGCGUGCUGCGCGCCAACAGCGGCGCCGUGGACGCCACCAUCGACCAGCUGCUGCAGAUGAACCUGGAGGGGGGUGGCGGCGGCGUCUAUGAAGACAGCUCGGACUCGGAGGACAGCAUUCCCCCGGAGAUCUUGGAAAGGACUUUGGAACCUGACAGCUCCGAUGAAGAGCCCCCGCCGGUGUACUCCCCACCAGCUUACCACAUGCACAUGUUCGACAGGCCUUACCUUCCGGCUCCGCCCACCCCACCUCCCCGCAUCGAUGUGCUGGACUCCGCACCCCCUUCCAGCCAGAGGCGCUAUCGGAACUGGAACCCGCCACUGCUGGGCAACCUCCCCGAUGACUUUCUGCGCAUCCUGCCCCAGCAGCUGGACAGCGUGCAGGGCAACCCCAGGGGCUCCAAGCCCAUGAACAGAGAGGGAGGCCUGCCCCCCGUGGCCGGGCCCGGGACCCGGGACCAGGAGAGCCGCUGGAAGCAGUACCUGGAGGACGAGAGGAUCGCGCUCUUCCUGCAGAACGAGGAGUUCAUGAAGGAGCUGCAGCGCAACAGAGACUUCCUGCUGGCCCUGGAGAGAGAUCGAUUGAAAUACGAGUCCCAGAAAUCCAAGUCCAGCAGCGUGGCUGUGGGAAAUGACCUUGGCUUUCCCUCUCCUGCCCCAGGAACCAAUGACGCCAACCACGCUGUGUCUGAAGAUGCCUUAUUCAGGGACAAGUUGAAACACAUGGGCAAAUCCACCCGGAGGAAGCUGUUUGAACUGGCCAGGGCCUUCUCGGAGAAGACCAAGAUGCGGAAGUCAAAGAGGAAACACUUGUUGAAGCAUCAGUCGCUGGGGGCUGCUGCGUCAACAGCCAAUCUCCUGGACGACGUGGAGGGCCACACCUGUGAUGAAGACUUCCGGGGCAGGCGGCAGGAGGUGCCCAAGGCGGAGGAAGCCCUCAGGGAAGGACGGUAAGAGCUUCUGCCCAGAACCAUCUCUCCAGGAACCAGUGGUGAAGGACCCCGGGGCUUCACCGGAAAAGACUUCUCCCAUGCCUUCUCCUUACCAGAUGACAGCAGUUCCUCCUCGCUGGAGAUGACCUGACCCGGCGGAGGCAGCCGGAGAGCACUACCGGCCCCCAGUUGAAGAGCCUAGCUGCAGCCGGACAGAUGGACAGAUGGACAGAUGGUGCUUGAGUACCAAGGCCCAGCGAUUCUCCAGCCACAGUCCAGCCGAGCCACUGCCACUUUCAAUGGGACUUAGAACUUCGGAGUUGCAUGCUGUGAUUGGAGGAAGGACCUGGAAGAGGGGGAGGGGGGAGGGCGGUGAUUGGCCAACCAGGGCCCCUUUUGUAGCCAGGCUGUUCUAUGGGCAAUGAGUGGGAAAUGCAGGAUCCAACCCCCUUCUUAAAAAACACACACACAAAAACAAAACAAAACAAAAACACCCAGAAACAGGCAAAGGUUGGAGUGCCACAAAGGGCAGGAUGACCCUACCAGAGGCUCUUGGGCCUGAUGGUGGAGCCCCUGCUUCCCAGCCUUUCCCAUCAUCCCUGCUGGGCCACAGACACUGCCUGACCCCCUACCCUAUCCCCUGCUCCCUCUGGGCACUUGAGCCCUUUAUUCCCACUGUCUUCUAUGGCACAGCCCCUGCACAGAGCGCCAGGAGGGAGAGCCCUGGGCAGUCACGGGGCCCCCUCUGAGGAGUGAUGGGCCACGAAAGAGAGGCAUCUGCUGACUACCCUGCCUGGGCCCCGCAGGCUGCCUCCGUUAGGGGCUGGCACGACCCCCAGCAGGGAUGGGGAGGGUGGCCGCCCCGGAGCUGGAGGACUCUGGUUAGGCAGGAAUGGUGCGGGGCCAGGGGAAGAGGCUGUCAGCCCGGGUGGGAGCGCCUGGGGCAGAAGGGCUUGCUGGGUGCCCCUUGCCAAGAGCCCAAGAUCCAGGUGAAUGACCCCAGGAGGAAAAGGAGAACUCGGGUUCUGCGAACCUUACCCGGCUCUACCACUGCCAAUGGGAGGGAGACCGCCGGUCUCCGGCCCCACGGUCGGCAUGAGAACGUGCUGACCUCUCCCGGGAGACGCAAUCCUGGGCAGCCCGAGGUUGGAGUCACCUUCUCUCCCCACCCCACCCCGGAGAGUGGAAGCAGCCCAGCCGCGCGGGGGCUGGGAGUGCGAGCCAAGCUUUUGUGGGCCGGGUGGCCUCAAGUCACCCCCCCAGAUGGUGAGGGCGGGGCGGGCGCUCAGGACCGCAGGCGGAGGCGACCCGCAGUCGCACCUCUUUCCUUCCGCGUCCCGAGGUGCGGGAGGGGCCGGGGCGCCACCGCGGCUGCACGUGACCACGUUUGGAAGUGCGGGGCCCACCCUCCGCCGGCCAGACGAGGCCCCCCGGGCCCCGUAGCCCGAGCUCCAGCCGGAUCUGACCCCGAGGGGCUGCGGAGGGCCCCCGGGCUGCGGGCCUGGCCACGCUCUGCGCUAGCGCCCUGCGCACCGCGGGGAAGCUCCAGCCCCACGUCUGUGUGUUGCUUUAUUAGUGUUUUGGUUUUUCUUUUUUUUCCUACGUGUGGGUUUUCUCGUGGGGCUGUUUCUUAGGAAUUCCUGUAAUAAAGACUUGGUGUUCUCUUGGU